UUGACUCAGUACGAGCUGGUGACCUGCACUGGGAUGUGUGUGACCGUGUCCGGGCGACUUUUAACAUGUGAAAAGAAGAAACUAAGCGGAGUUAACACAUUGAGAUACUCACCAAGAAACUACCGAGAAAAGUUUUACUUCUGACAAGGGUCGUUGGAGGGAAAAUAAGUUGGCGACUUCGUGCCAUGCCAGAGGGGUCCCAUUCUGCUCUCCACCAGGGCCCAAUGGGGGAAGAAUCUCCUCAGCUGUCCUCCCCCCUCGCCACUGAAAAUGAGUGUGCAAACGUUGACCUGGGACCAGACUGUUACAGCCAGCAAUGCGUGGAGCCGCUGGACGGAGAGGGUGAACGUCCAGUGAGCCUAGUGUCCACCCUGUCCUCUGGCUCAUCCCGUGAUAGUCACAGCCUUUUUGGGAGCACCGUUGCCCUUCCUUCCUCCGGCACCCCGCCCGUCCCGAACAAGGAGGACAUAGACUUGGAACUGAGCCCGGCCGUACAGCAAGCAGGGGACCACAGUCCCCUCCUUACUGGCUCCAGAAGCCACUGGCGGGAACAUCUGGAGCCCAGGGCGAUCAGCAACCAGUGGAACAACAACAACGCCUCCUCAAACAAGAAGGCAAGUGGCAAAAUACUCCAAAACCCUGCCUCUCCUGUCGUCACGGACACCAUGGCGCCCAACCCAAAGCUGACCUAUGUGGACCGUGUUGUCAUGGAGAUCAUUGAGACAGAGCGCAUGUACGUCAAGGACCUGCGCAGCAUUGUGGAGGACUAUUUGGCUCACAUUAUCGAUAUGAGUAACCUUCCCAUACGACCAGAGCAAGUGUGUGCUCUGUUUGGAAACAUAGAGGACAUCUAUGAGUUCAACAGUGAACUACUGCAGUCCUUGGACAUGUGUGAGAAUGAUCCUGUCGCCAUCGCCCGAUGCUUUGUGGAUAAGAGUGAAUACUUUGAAAUCUACACCCAGUACUGCACCAACUAUCCCAAUUCAGUAGCAGCACUGACCGAUUGCAUGAGAAGUAAAACUCUGGCCAAGUUUUUUAGGGAUCGUCAGGCUGCUCUGAAGCGCUCUCUCCCACUGGGCUCCUACCUGCUCAAGCCAGUCCAGAGGAUCCUGAAGUAUCACCUACUGCUUCAGGAAAUUGCAAAGCACUUUGACCAAUAUGAGGAGGGGUAUGACGUGAUUCAGGAGGCCAUAGACACUAUGACAGGAGUGGCCUGGUACAUCAACGAUAUGAAGAGGAAACAUGAGCACGCAGUCAGAGUUCAGGAGAUACAGUCUCUUCUGAUUAACUGGAAGGGUCCUGACCUGACCACCUAUGGAGAGCUGGUGCUGGAGGGCACAUUUCAUGUCCUACGGGCAAAGAACACCCGUACACUCUUCCUCUUCGAAAGGAUGCUCCUCAUUACCAAGAAAAGAGGGGAACACUACGUCUACAAGAUCCACAUCUCAUGCUCCACCCUAAUGCUACUUGACAGUGCCAAGGAUCCCCUGCUCUUCAGUGUCAUCCACUUCAAGCAUCCCAAGCAACCCCAUACAGCGCAGGCCAAGUCAGUAGAAGAAAAGCGUCUCUGGGCCCAUCACAUUAAGAGGCUCAUUCUGGAGAACCACAACACCAUCGUCCCAGCGAAGGCAAAAGAAUCCAUCCUGGACAAUUCUAACUAUCCUGGGAAGUACCACUACAGUCCUGAGAGGCUGAAGAGAGCCGAGUCCUGUCAAGCUGAAGACUUCCAUCUUGCAGGACGAAAUGGGAGGAGGAGAUCAGAGCCUGCAAAACAAAUCAUAAGGAGCACGAAAGCUGUUUUGAAGCAUGCAGACAGUGAGGGUGCACUGCUGGGGGAUAUGUGCUCCCUUCAGCCAGCCACUAGUGUCAGUACGCUGGCCUCCAGUCUAGGCGAGCCCCAGGCUGAGAGGCCAUGUGUGGACGAUCUCAUUCCUAUAAGGGAUUCUCUGGAGCAGCAAAGUCCUACUGACAGUGACCUGAAACUGGGCUCUACCGGUGAUGGGGGGCUGGAGCUACAAAAGGCAGAGGAGGAGGAGGAGGAGGAGGAGGGAGAGAGUUACAAGGAAGAUUUACUGAUGGGAGAAGACCAGGUAGCCGACUUUGCCAGCUCAGUGCUGGCAGCCAUCUCCUGCUGGCACUAUAGAGCCAGGGCUUUGCUUUCUACUCACUUCACAACGGAUGAUCAGAGCAGAGAUACAAUUGACCUGAAAACAGCACCAAGAGAGGAGGAGGAAUCUCACAGCCACGAGGAAAAACAUGGGGAUGAGGCUAUGAAAGAAAUUCUCAGCACACAGGUGAUUGUGGAGGAGCUGUGCCCUCUAGACUGUGUCCCUCAAGAAAAGAGCAGUGAUCAACUGGAAACGCAUUACUCCCAAUGCACUGAGUCUCCUGUCUCCCCUUCCGAAAUGCAAGAAGCAGUAACCCCAGAACCUGUGGAUACUUAUAGAGAAACUGAAGAGGAGGAAGGAGGGAGUGAUUCUUCGGGUCUCCAUGUGGAGGAGACGAGUGUACUGACAAAUGGGGAGCUCUCAGAGGAGGAAGAGGAGGUGUUGUCGGACAAUAAAAGCAUCCUGCCUUCCUCUGUGUUGGACCAAGCAAGUGUGAUUGCGGAGCGCUUCAUUAGCAGCCUGUCCAGACGGAGCAGCCUGGUUUCAGAGGACCUGGGUUCCCUGGCCUGUCCUUCACCCCUAACAGACGAGGAUGUCUUUAAAAGCCCCUCGGCCUGCAUGGACUUGGAAAAAGAGACCCAUGUGUUGGCCAGCUCUUCCCCAGAGCUACACGUGAUCUCAGAGGUGAAUCUGUCAACACCCGUACCUGAAACUGCACUCAUCGAAGGGGAGCACAAGUCCACUCUGUCUAAACAGGAUCGCCUCCUCAUCCACAAGAUCAGAAGAUACUAUGAGUAUGCUGAACACCAAGAUGCUAACUUUAGCAUCAAGCGCAGGGAAAGCCUCUCCUAUAUUCCAGCAGGUCUGGUCAGGCACCUGAGCCGACAGCUCAACAGUAUUCCUCAAGAGCAGGCUGUUCCCGCCAGCCGAAAAGGCCUCUCUCAUAGCCGGCCCACUUCCUGGUCUGUGUUUGACCUUCCUGGCUUAGAAAAACGUCAAAAGACUGAAACAAAUCAAAAGAUUGCACCACAGAGAUCAAUAGAAUCCAAAACAAGAGCUCAGAGUUUCACCGAUUCCUCUGCCACAGAUGAAGAGUUCAGACCCUCAUCAGACAUGCUCAAGGUUUGGCAAGACAUGGAAUUGGAGGAGGAGAGCCAGGAAGUCCAGCAGAUUGUAGAGGAGAAAGAGAAUGACUCAACAGUACAAGUGACACACGAUAUCAGCUUUGACACGCCUCAGAUUUUAGAAGAGUCUGAAAGAAGCACUUUGUCAGAUGGUUCCUCCGUCUCAUCACCAACCUCAAACUUUCCACCAGUAGAAGACGAAUCUGGUCUGGAUUAUAAGCCAUGUAAACCCCCCAUGUCUCAAGAUACGAACAUCCAGCUGCCUAGGAUCAUUAGCCUCAGAACGGGUGUGGAUGAAGACCAGAUCCUACAAGAUAUGGGAAAAAUGAAAAACAAGGUGUUCCAGCUGGCACGUCAGUACAGCCAGCGCAUCAAAAAUAACAGACCUAUGAUCUGGCAGAGGACCCGAGAAACCGGAAGUCAACAAGGACUCAAGAAUAUGCCUGUUGUCCACGAGGAGAGGACACAAAUGAGAAAAAAGGGUAAACCCAACCUGACAUUGGCCUUGAACACUUGUGAUCAGGCAGUUAUUCAUGAAGUGCGUUCCCCAAGUCCAGUACAGACCCCCAGCUCUGGAGCCAGCUCCCAGAGCACAGUAACUUGCCCACAAAGCCCAGAGUCAGACACCUUCCACUGGCCUGACGUACAAGAGCUGCGCUCCAAGUACAAAGCACCAAACAGGACGCUGGAAUGCUGUACGAACAAGUGUACUGGUUGCUCACACAUGUACAACAGCUGUACAACACUGACAGACUUACCUACAUCACCAUCUUCUAUGACAGAGGACUGGACCGAGCCCCAGUCCAGGCCUCAGCUUCAACCCCUGCUGUGCAGGUGGAGCUCCUUGGACCACAUGCUUGGGUCUCUUCCCCUCCACGAAGUACAGAACCUGCAGGACCCUGUGAGGAGCUGCUACACCUCCAGUCAGGUGUCUCUAAUAACAAGAGAAACCGGCAAACUCCAAGAUGGAGACACUGUCCUUCAGGAGAGCCUAGACUGUCCCACAAAAUCAGCUGUCCUGAGCUCAGGGAAAGUUUCCGAAAGUAACCUAGUGAAGAGCUUACGGGAGAAGUUUCAGAGUUUAAGCACAAGCUCAUGAACGUGAAUUUUGUCAAUUUUUAUCAGGAACUAUCACAUGGAAAAUAUAUCUGCCAGUUAUCUGACCCUUUUAAACAUCCCUUUAUCCUGUUUUUUUACACUCAAACUACAAACUUGUCUGCACAAUGUUUUCAUUAUAGGGGGCACUGGGUGAUCAUUUGUAUAGUUACCACAAAUUACACAUAAAAGGGAUAUUAUUGGUCAUUAUUUCAGGCUAUGAGGGGAAAGUCUUUAAAAAGGUGCGUUGCAGUAUUUGUACAUUGGAUAUUUUCUGCACUGUAUGAUACAAAGUUGAUGUAAAUUUGUAAAUAGUUCCCCAUUAUCAACUGAAGAUGAGGUCUUACUUUAUUAUUAUUAGCAUCUAUUUUGUUUCCACUUAGUUUUGCUAUAAUGACUGUAGCACUGUUAUCAUUUAAUCAUGUAAACUGUCAGCUGUAAUUUCACAGGAAAGCAAAAAGGAUCUAAACAAAACAGACUGCUUCUAUCGCAGUGAUUACAGGCAUCUCAUCGAUGAGAGAGCUCCACUAUCAGUAGUCUCUGAUCGUAUACCAAAGAGUUUCCUUUUAACAUUUGUCGACUAUUAAUACAAAUGGUCACAGCAAUAAUUUGCUUCCGCACCGUCUGUUGCUGCUUCUAAAACUGUUUUCACACAUCACUGGAGCUUUAUUUUUCUCAAUAUGUUGUAUAUUUUUCUUUAAUGAUAUUUAUGAAACUGUAUAUUUGGGAGAGAUUGGCCUCAUGUAAAUACCGAGCAGUAGCAACCCUUUUUACUUUUCCAUUCCAGAAAAUAUAUUGUUUAUACUUGAAGUUGAGCAUAUUUUCAAUAAAAACAGAAAUGGUAAGAGUCCACAGGUGCUUUUUUACUCUGUCAUGCAUUAAUGUUCAUGCAUGUAUCAUGACUUUAACAUCACUUGAAAAAAUAUAUUAAUGUUCCACUGGAAGGAAGGAAGAAUGCUUUCACAUCUAAGACAGCUGUCUUGAUUGUAGAAGAUUGAAUGUAUGAAUAAAGAAAAAUCAGGACUUUUUAUUGCAGCUUGCUGUAAGGACUGACUUCUUGCCAUGAUGCCGAACUGUGAAAUAACAGGAAGGCUUUAAACUGGUAAACAGGAUUUUAUAAAUACUGAGAUCAUAAGUCCCAGUCCUGCAAAGUGGGGAAAAUAUUCUGAUAUUAAAGUAUAUUUUAUAGGCAUUUGUUUUACUAAGCAGUUUGUUCUGUUUUGUAAAAGAGUCAAACCAUGUUUAUAUCCUUAAAAGUAAGGUUUUGUGCAGACACAUUUUAUUUGAUGGGGACAGUGCAUGUUAAUAAACAUUGCUUUAAAUGUG